AUGAUCUAUCAAAGGACCCUUAUUGCCCUGGCGGUUGGAGCUGGUCUUGCUGCUGCUCGGCCGGCGCCUUGGUCCGCCCAAGAUUCCAGUCUGGAUCAUUUCACCGAUCGAUUCUCCUCCCCUACCUUCCCUGCACCAGUGGCCGGUGGAACAAUUGUGAAGAAGUCUUCAAGCAAAUCUGCCUCCACAAAGAAGCCGACCGGCUAUACUGCCAAGGACACCGGAAAUGGCACUGCCGGUAGUGAAUGCACCUUUACCGAUAUUGAGAAAGCUAUGGCUUCCAAGGCUUCAUGCCCGAAUAUCGUCCUCAAGGACAUUACUGUUCCAGCCGGGAAGACUCUGGACAUGGAGGACCUGGCCGAUGGCACAACCGUUACUUUCGAGGGUAACACGACUUUUGAGUAUUCUGAGUGGGCGGGUCCCUUGCUCAGCUUCUCUGGCAAGAACAUUACCAUUACCGGCGCGUCUGGCCACGUUAUCGAUGGUAACGGCAAAGCCUGGUGGGAUGGUCAAGGCAGCAACGGCGGGAAGACCAAGCCAAAAUUCUUUGCUGCCCACAAGCUCAUCGACUCCACCAUCUCCGGCCUCAACAUUCAAAACUACCCCGUACAAUGCUUCUCGAUCAACCAAGCGCAGAACCUCAUCGUCAAGGACAUCACCAUUGACAACUCUGCUGGAGACGAGCUCGGCUCCGAUGGAAAGCCCCUUGGUCACAACUCCGAUGCCUUUGAUGUUGGGUCUUCAACCGGUGUACACAUCUCCGGUGCGAAUGUCAAGAACCAAGAUGAUUGCCUUGCUGUCAACUCUGGAAGUGACAUCAGCUUCACUGACUGUAACUGCUCUGGCGGCCAUGGUAUCUCGAUGGGCUCUGUCGGUGGACGCACCAACAAUGAAGUGUCCAACGUCAACAUUGCCAACUGCACCGUCUCUGACUCUGCCAACGGGAUUCGCAUCAAGACUGUGUACGACGCCGAAGGAUCUGUCAAGAACAUCACCUAUUCCAAUAUCAAACUCUCCAACAUUACCGACUAUGGCAUUGUCAUUGAACAGGAUUACCAGAACGGCUCGCCCACAGGAACCCCAACGAGUGGCGUCCCGAUCACGGACAUUACCGUGGAGAAUGUCUCUGGAACAGUGGCAGAUGACGCGGAAGAGAUUUACAUUCUCUGCGCUUCGUGCAGCAACUGGAAAUGGAGUGGCGUUAGCAUCACUGGUGGCCAAAAGAGCUCCAAGUGCAAGGGCGUGCCUGAUGGCGCAUCGUGCUAA